UGCACAUGCGAGACUGCGCGCGCGUCCAUCUCUCGCUCGCAAUCAUCUCUUCGCCGGUACGCUGUGUGUAUUAACGACGCGCUCUCUUCUCGAUAUCGAACCGUAUAGCGUGUAAGUUUUUCCUCUCGACAAGAGAGUGUCGUGUACUACUGAGAUCGAGCCAGUCCUCGUGACUAUCGUGUAAAAGGAAUCGUGACUAUCGAUCGGAUCAUCGUCGUCAAUGUUCGUGAACGAAAUUUCGGAAAACUUUUCAAAUUUUCCAAAAACCGUAUCGAUAUUGUUCUCCAACGAAGUUCAUCGCCAGUGAUAUACCCAGUGAACAAAUUUUUUCCAAGUAAGAUUUUUUCGGAGCAUACGCGAUUGGUGCACGUGCAUUCGUGGUCCCGGUAUCACAUCGAAAUUUCGACAUCUUGUUAGUUCCAGGAAUAUAUUACGCGAUCGAUCAGAAAAACUUUGACAUUUGGCAAAUGUCAGCGGUAGUCUCUGGCGGAGUGGCUUCCACAUAAUCGAAUCGUGGCUCGUGAUAAACGAUAAGAAAAAGCGGUUACAGUUGAGUGUUUCUGUUUUCGCUACACACGCACGCACACACGAAUAUCGCGGUUGUUUCCUUCGCUGUUGUGAUAUCCGAUCGAUUUCAAGGGAGACAUGUGAUCUCGCGUCGAAACGAGUAAGGAAUAGGAUCGAGAAGAAGCAUCAGCUUGACCGGUCGCUCAAAGGCUCGAAAGGGAUUUGAAGAUGGAUUGGAUGAGAAGGCAGGACAUUAAGGAGGAGUCACCGGAAACUCCUACCGCUCUGACACCGGAUGAGCCCGACGAGUCCUACUUCGAGGAAGACACCUCGAUAGACGAGGGCAUGGGUCUGGACAAUGUGAGCUCAGCGACCCUCAGGCCUUUCAACUCGGACAUCAACACGCCGAGGAUCGACAGCUAUAGGUUCUCCAUGGCGAAUCUGGAAGAUUCCCAGGAUGUCGAUCUGGACGCCAUCCUCGGCGAAUUGUGCGCUCUGGAGCGCCGCUGCGAUGGCGACAUCGCUUCCACACCUGCACCCGACUCGCAGAGACAGGGCCGACCUAAUAGCACUAGAAUCACCGCUGGCGACAAUACCGAUAUCGGCAAAAACGAAGGAGCUAUGCGCACCGACAGUCCCGACAACGACAGCGCGUUCUCGGACACGGUGUCGAUGUUGUCCAGUGAGAGUUCCGCGAGCAGCAGCGGUUCCGGGCACAAACCACCUCAGACCGCCAUGCACACGGGUCCGCAGCAGCAAUCUCACCAACUCAUGGACGCGGCGAGCCGAGUCAAGGCAGAGAAGAUCCGGUUGGCGUUGGAGAAGAUGCGCGAAGCCAGCGUUCAGAAGUUGUUCAUCAAAGCGUUCACCUUGGACGGGAGCGGGAAAAGCUUGCUCGUGGACGAAGGAAUGAGCGUGGCACACGUGUGCAGGCUUCUAGCCGAUAAGAAUCACGUGCCGAUGGAUCCAAAGUGGACGGUGGUCGAGCAUUUGCCCGACCUUUUCAUGGAGAGGGUAUACGAAGAUCACGAAUUGCUGGUGGAAAAUCUUUUACUGUGGACCAGAGACUCGAAGAACAAGCUGCUUUUCGUCGAGAGGCCAGAAAAGACCCAACUCUUCCUCACUCCAGAGAGAUUUCUUCUGGGUCUAUCCGACAGAAGUUGCGGCGAAUACGACGAUCACUCGCGCAAUAUUCUUCUCGAGGAAUUCUUUUCGAGCAGUAACGUUGGCGUGCCAGAGGUGGAGGGACCAUUGUAUCUGAAAUCUGAUAGCAAGAAGGGAUGGAAGAGAUAUCAUUUUAUUCUUCGAGCAUCCGGCCUCUACUAUUGGCCGAAGGAAAAGGCUCGUACCGCUCGUGACCUCGUUUGCCUGGCCACGUUCGACGUGAAUCAAAUUUACUACGGUAUCGGGUGGAAAAAGAAAUACAAAGCCCCGACAGAUUUUUGUUUCGCCGUGAAACACCCGAGGCUGCAGCAACCGAAAUCGACCAAGUACAUCAAAUUCCUUUGCGCGGAGGACAACGCGUCUCUGGAACGAUGGAUGGUUGGAAUCAGAGUGGCCAAGUACGGAAGACAGUUGAUGGAAAAUUACAGGACUCUGGUCGACGAGCUCGCUCAGGAGGACCUCGAUAUGCUGGCCCACGCGAGGUCGUGUUCGGUUAGCUCGAUCGCCCCCCCAACUCAGAAUCAAACUCAGUACAACACCACCAACGACAACGCUCGCCAAUUCACGGAAAAUUCGAGGCACAACGCGGAAGUGGCUAAUGCUAGACAGUACGAAGGCCAGAGGCAAAGUUACAAUUCCGAGCAACGGCAGAGUUACAAUAACGACGGUAGACUGAGCAGAGCGAGUAGCUCGAGUUCCAGUGGAUGCCUGUCGGACGGAGCACCCAGUAGUUGCGAGGUAGCUUUCGAAUGUGGCGAGUUUCCAACGGGCACGAUAAAGAGGAAACCCUCGAUGAAUCCAAAAUUGCCCCUGACGUCGAUCACGAGACAAUUGAAGGAAGUGGGCGAAACGGUUCGCGACGAGCCAGACUCGUGUCCCAGUCCGACCAGUUCCGGAACGUUGACCAGAAGGCACAGUCGAAGAAGGAGCGGCACCGACUCGGACGGAUCCGGAACUUUGAAGAGACAUCAUAGAUCCGGUAACGCGACCCCUGUCAGCCCUGUACCGCCCGGCACACCGGUCAGAGAAAGAGCGAGCCCUAUGGGCUACAACAGAUCGGAUAAUCAGGAAUCGAAAACACCAACCAGUCCUAUACCGUCGUGUAUGAUGGACUCGAUCACCUCGUUACCACCGCCACCCUCGCCCUCGAGAGUCACCGAGGAGGCAGAAUCCGAU